AUGCCUGUAAAGGCCUCCAGCACCAUUGCCGCAGCUUCGGCAUCUGUCUCAGACACGCCAUUGGCCCCUGCCCAUUUCCAAAAACUGCGGCAACGAUGGAAGGCGACCGUCACUGGAAAACAUAUGCGCGUCAACAGUGAUGAUGUCUACUACGCCCUCUCCAAACUUUCUGGUACUGCAGAACAGUACAUAGCCAACAUGCAGCCCUCCAGGGUCCACAUAUGGGAAGAUCUUUCACCAAUUCACUCAUCAGUCAACUUUCGGAAAUCCUACGAGAGAUUACGGACAAUCGCUCAAUCUUAUUCCAUACCGGGUAGCAUCCACUACCACGACCUUAACGUCCAGGAGACCGUAAUUCAAAGUCUUGAUUUCAUCGGCUCCGAAAUAUAUAACGCCAGUGUCGUCCAAGCCAAAGGUGAAAAUUGGUGGAAUUUUAGAAUCGGGGCACCAUUAGCUUUAGUAGAUAUCGCUAUAUUGCUCUACGAUGAUCUAACACCGAGACGACGUCAUGAUAUCGGCGCUACCAUCAUUAAAAACAUCGGCAGCAUCGGACAGCGUUCGCUCAAAGGCGCCAACAGAGCCGACAUCUGCUUAGCAUUAAUCGGGGCCGGCGUUAUAACCGACGAAGAAGCUGAGGUAUCACGAGGGAGGUGGUGUCUAUCUGACAAGGAGUAUGACGGAGAGAACUCGGUCUUCGAACUCGUCCAGAGUGGUGAAGGGCUUUACGAAGGUGGAAGCUACCUUUCCCAUGAAAUAUUUCCUUACAGCGGAGGUUACGGCGUACAACAUUACUAUUCGCUAUCGAAGGCCGUGAAUGUCCUCAGCAAGUCUCCUUAUCACAUCAACAGCACCGAGCUAGGGGUAACAUUCACCGCCAUCAACUCGACAUUUUCUCCGGUGAUGUGGCGCGGAAUGAUGAUGGGCCACAUCCGAGGGAGAGAUAUUGCCAGAAAAUCCGAGCCAGAUGCCUUUUGGGGCAAUUUAUUUCUUCAGUCCCUUCUUUACUUCGCAGAUACUGAGCUAGUCCCUCUAAAACACAGGAGAUUCUUUAAAUCAGUGGCGAGAAGCAUAUGGGAGGCUGCCCCACUCCCUGAUCUGUAUGGUCUUAACAUUACCCAGGCUUUCGGGAUGCAAAAGGUCCUCGAGGAAAGGAUCCCGCCAGCGGCUCCUCCCAUCGGGACAUUUGCUACCCCUAUGUCUGAUCGUAUAAUGCAUCACAGACCUGAAUGGGCCGCCGCACUGGCGAUGUCAUCUUCUAGGAUCGGUAGGUACGAGGCUCUCAACCAUGAAAACUUGAGACCUUGGUACCAGGGAGAUGGGUUCCUAUACGUCUAUACUGAUAGAGACCCGCUGCAUUUCUCUAACGACUAUUGGCCGACAAUGGACCCCUACCAUACUCCUGGAGUAACAAACGGGCAGAACCCUCAGAAUCCUCCUGCCUAUAAAUUCACUGCUCACAGGGACUGGGCCGGCGGAUUGGACUGGAGAGGAACUCAUGGAUUGGCCGGAUUAGAUGCCUUAUCGACCGAUAAAGGAUCGUCGGCUAAGAAGUCUUGGUUCUUCCUCCUGAACAGCAUCAUCGCUUUAGGUGCAGGAUGUGCCGGCUUAUCUGGAACUGAAGUUCAUACCACUUAUGAAUCGAGGAACCUUCCUUUGUCUGGAUCGAACUUCAGCAUCAACGGAGAAUACCAGAUAAUGAACCCAGGGUGGAUUAAACCCUGGGAAGAAACUCACGCACAAAUCGAUUGGGCCUACCUAGAUAGUUUUGGCGGUUAUGUUUUUCUAGAUAAGGAGCCCAUUUCUUUCAGACGCGAGCAACGCAAAGGGAAAUGGACCGAUAUAAACCAAUAUCCAGAUUAUCUUGGCUUUAGCGACCCUAUCAUGAGAGAAUAUCUGACCAUCUACAGAAACCAUGGCAUUGACCCCAAAGAUGGGCGUUACGCUUACGCCUUGCUCCCGAGUGCAAGUUCUGAAGAGACUCGCGAAUUCGCAACAAUGCCACCCGUCAACAUUACUCAUAAUACUCCAAGGCUUCAGGCCAUCCAGUUUAACAAUACCGUCAUGGCAAAUUUCUGGUCAGGUGGAACAAUCGGUUAUCUGACAGCUGUUACGCCAUGCUCAAUCACGUGGGGUUACAGUGGUGUUGAAGACAAAUACCUUACCAUCUCAGUUUCCGACCCUACGCAAAAAGCCACAAGGAUUGUACUAUUCCUCAAUGACCCUGAUAUCGGCGGGGUAGCAGAAAGAGAUGAUUCGAUUCAGUUGCGCUGGGGAAGGGCUGGACAAACAGGCUCUGUUACAAUAACUAUCAACGUCGAAGGAACACACGGGAAGACUCAUAGAGUAAGUUUCGAGAGAAUCAGCUGGCGAGGAACACUGGAGAGUUUACCAUGGAGGCCACCUGUGAAAGAAACGACAACAUCAACUACGACCACGGCCUCACGCCGCGUCCGACCGGUCGCCACCAAAAAACCACUUGUUAAUAAUGCUACCGUUACGUCCGCGAAAAUUGGCCACAAGCCGGUCACAGCUAAACAGAAGACCGGUACUGUUAGCCAUUCCAGUGUCGGAACAGUCAAGACAGUCAAACCAGUCAAGCCCAACCUUAAAACAGCAGAACCCAGCCCCAGGACGUCCGGGUACAGCACCGGGACUCUCAGAUCUGAGGCCGUUACCACAUCUUCAAUUCCGAAAAGCAUACCAUCCACUAUCUCACUAAGCAGCACCGCAAGCGUUGAUAAUUGA